UCUUUCGUGUUCCCAAUGCAGAGUAAGGUCCAAAUAAAAGAUGGUGUGGCAGAACUUGCAUAAAACCAGAAAAAAUAGAAAGCAAGCAGGCCCAUUCUCAAACCAAACAUCAGCACCUAUUUGAAAUUUCACUCUGGGUGAAUGGACAAAAAUUGCCACACACACACUACAGCAUGUGAGGAACGUAAGUAAAAUGCUUCUUGAAUGCUCCUGUAGGAGGUAAAGAGACCCAGACGGAUGUUUGGAAAUACAACGGUGUUCUGGACAAGUGGAUUCCAAUCGAGCCUCUGACGACAGGCCGAUGGCGGCACAAAAUGGCCGUCCAAGGCGGGAGGGUGUACGCACUAGGCGGGUUCGAUGGCGUGCGUAGGCUCGAUUCCGUGGAGGCCUACGACCCUUUUCACAACCGUUGGACCCAGGUGGCGCCACUCGCAGUGGGUGUGAGCUCCUUUGCUGCCGCGAGCCUCGACAGGUGGAUCUACGUGAUCGGUGGCGGGCCCAACGGAAAGCUGGCGACAGAUUUGGUUCAACGUUGGGAACCCGGAACGGACAUUUGGGAGCGGCGGGCGCCCAUUCCCAUCGAAACCAAGUGCACCAAUGCUGUCAGCUUCAAGAAUUGCAUCUAUGUAGUUGGUGGCGCCAUGCACAGCAUAUAUUGCUACACCCCUCAGUCAGACUCUUGGUCUGUUGUGACAGGUCUAGGCGAUAGGGCUAGCUGCGCCAUCGCUGCCUGCAACAACAAACUCUUCAUCACAGGAGGCCGCGAUAACAAGAACCAUGUCAUCUCCACAGUCAUGUGCUGGAAUGUGGAUGAAGGAGUCUUGACAGAAGAAUGUGCUUUGCCCGUGGGCGUGUCGCACCACGGCAGUGUCACACUGCUGAAGUCCUACACACACGUGCACAGAGUGGCACCUGUGUCUGAGCACCAAAGAAUUUGAAACGAAUGACAUUGGGUGUCCCUUUAGCCCAGCGAGAGACAAAAUCUUGGAGCUCCUGAACUCCUCUGAUUCAGCUAUUGUUGGACGGACAUCAUCAUCUCGAUACCUGGGCUAUGGACUUCAAUUGAAGUCAAAACGUUUCUUUUCACUGACAUGUUUUGGUCGAAACACGGUUGUCUUCUGAUUAAUAUUCAUUUGUGGAUUAUGAAUUAUGAACCCGAAAAGAAACUUUUGCUAAUUUUACCCAAACAAGUACUUAUAUUGUUGUCCGUGAACAUGCUCUGUGGAAAAUGGUGAACUGAA